UGCUGACAGAGUAUUGGAUAGUUCAGCAAAUCAUGUCUAGACAGAAUGUCUUCUAGAAGCUCUUCAUAGCCUAUUUUAUGUAAGAUGGCCCCGGCAUUUCCACCAGGGGGUCCCACAGCUUCAGCUACGAUCUUCACUGCCCCCUGAAGAGGGACUCUGGUGUUUUUUUUUCUUGCAUCUUCGACUUCCCAAUGUUAUCUCGUGCAGUUUCUUCCCCUCCUCCUGAUAUUUGGAUUGUCAAGCGUCAUCUAUGGAAUCUAGAUGAUAUCGUUUCUUUUUCCUGCCCUCGUCUCGAUCUGACGAAGUCUUGAGUUGAAGCGUCAGCAAAUCGCAGAUCGUCUGUACCCUGAGUUUUGCUGCAGCAGCAUUCAAAAUGCGCUCCGCGACGACCUUUCUGGUCAUAGCGUGCGCUUCUACGCCAAGCAUAGCUCUAAGUAAAGGUCGUCCACUAUGGGCACGAGGUGUGAAUAAAGAAAAUGUGGUACUGGCAGAUUGCACUGGAGCAAAUAACGAUCUAUCAUCCGAAGCCGCAUAUUUCGCGAGUGCUCCAGACGAAUCGCCAGAUGAUGUCGCGACCGUGUCCACUGGACGGCAUCAAGACUGGGCGAACACGACAACGUCGGCGUUCUACACGGAUACGGGCACCACGUUCAAGGCCAAUUUGACAGUAAAGGUCGAUCCUGGGGAGUAUGCCGGGACGGCAAACAACGGGUAUGGCAACUUCACGUGCUGGCAGACAGCCCCGACCUACUUGUACAGCCAUGCGAGCAGGGACUGCUACGCUAUGUACGAAUGCAAUCACCAGAAGCAACUUGUUGCUUUGCCAUCAGCGACACCAACCGCAAACAUCACACCCACACCGGAAUCGACGUCUUCAACCAAUUCGGGGCUAAGCGCAGGUGCAAUAGUCGGUUUGAGUAUCGGUGUAGCUGUUGGAGCACUACUAUUCGUCGGAGCAGGUGCUUUCUUACUUUGGCGUCACUGGCGCUCCAAGAAGGAAGAGAAAAAUGUUCCCGACGUCGAACAGAAAGGGCCACAAGGCGGGAUGGCCGAUAUGCCAAAAUAUGGGCAACCAGCGGCCGCGAUAUGGCAGGGACCGGGGACGAGAGAGCUAGAUACGCCAACCGUCUACCAUGAGCUACCUAACGAGGAGCGUCCGGCCGAGAUCCAAGGCGAAGCUAUGAGAGGAGAGCUUGACAGCAGUCCCGCAACGGCUGAGCUCCAUUCUGAAGAUUUACCGCCUCGAUAUCACCACGAGGGUGGUGCGUCACCGGGUGCUUAUGGCCAGUUUAAAGGGCCGACUUAGUAAUGAGAUUAGGGAUGAAGUAAGACGAGAAGUACUCGAUGAGUCAUUUUCCGGCGCCAAAAUUCUAUAUCGAAGACUUGAUACGGAGUCGUGAUGGUGCCGGUGCUAGCGAAAGGGGCGUAACAGCUUCGGGACUAAUUCUAAGGGAGGCAUCCAAAUCGGCUAAGGGUUUUUGGCGUUAAAAUUGGAGGAAAAUUGAGCGAUUAUUUAGGCGCCACCCGCAAUUUCGAGGUUUUAUCGACUAUUAUCCUUCUAAUCCAUGGAAUAUCUAAAAUACGGCUUUUGAGAUUGUCAGCAAGUGGGUUUGAUCUUGGAGGGGAAACAAGCCAUGGAUCGAUGAUGAUCAAUCGGAAUGGUUAACGACAUUCGAGAAGUCAUCGAAAGGGGUUGGUUUAGCACUUAUAAUGCCUCGCCGUCACGAGAUAUGAAUCUCGAAAGUGUAUAAUAUUCUUAAACAGCAUCAUCUGCAGUCCAAUCCAUCAUUAAGGA